AUGAGUGGAUUCCACAAUUUGAAGUAUUUUGACGCUAGUGAAAACUCAUUUCUAGGGCCUUUCCCUAAAUUCUUGUUCUCCAUUCCUUGGUUACAAUGGGUUGAUUUGGGAGGAAACCAAUUCACGGGACCUAUAGAGUUUGCUAAUACAUCAUCUAAGCUUCAGUUUCUAGACAUUACUUAUAAUAGAUUUGAUGGUCCAAUCCCGGAAUCUAUAUCUGAAUUUCUCAACCUCGAAGAGUUACAUCUUAGCCACAACAAUUUCAAUGGGCCAAUCCCUCGAUGUAUAUCAAAGUUAGUCACCCUCAACUCGUUAUAUCUUAACGACAACAAUUUCAAUGGGCCAAUCCCUAGAUCUAUGUCAAAGUUAGCCAACCUCAGUUAUCUUGAUCUCUCCAACAACAAUUUGGAAGGUGAAGUGCCAAGUUGCUUGUGGAGAUUGGCGACGGUGAUGCUUUCUCACAAUGCUUUCRGCAGUUUUGGAAGCUCUUCACAAGAAACACUGAUCCAAGAGUUACACCUGAGUUCGAAUUCUUUCCGAGGACCAUUUCCCUCUUGGAUCUGCAAGCUUAAAGGAUUACGCUUCUUAGAUUUGUCCAACAAUCUCUUCAACGGCUCAAUUCCGCCAUGUUUAAGGAAUCUCACUUUUUAUUUGACAGAGCUAAGUUUGCGUAACAACAGCUUUAGUGGAACACUUCCAGAUAUAUUUACCAGUGCUACCGAGUUACAAUCAUUCGACGUUAGUCACAACCAGCUGGAGGGAAGUUUUCCAAAGUCAUUGAUCCAUUGCGAUCUUCUGGAACUUGUGAAUGUGGAAAGCAACAAAUUCAAAGACAAGUUCCCAUCGUGGUUGGGAUCUCUGUCAUGGUUAAGUGUUCUCAGCCUCAGAUCAAAUGAGUUCUAUGGGCCGCUGUAUCAACCACACGUGUCCGUUGGUUUUCAGAGUUUAAGAGUCAUUGAUAUAUCACACAACGACUUCACUGGAACACUACCACCUCACUAUUUUUCUAGCUGGCGUGAAAUGACCACAUUGAAUGAAGGAAGUAACGAGUACAUGCUAGAGUCCGUGAAUGCUUCUGAAAUCUAUUAUCGGUCCAUGGAAAUGGUGAACAAAGGAGUAGAUAUGAGCUUUGAGCGGAUCCACCACGACUUUAGAGCUAUUGAUUUUUCUGGAAACAGAAUUUACGGCAUAAUCCCUAAAUCCAUUGGCUUUUUGAAGGAGUUACGUCUUCUUAACUUGUCAGGUAACGCAUUCACAAGAGAUAUCCCACGGUUCUUGGCAAAUUUGACAAAGCUCGAGACAUUAGACUUAUCGUGUAACAAGCUGUCUGGUCAAAUCCCUCAAGAUCUUGACAAACUCUCAUUUCUGUCAUACAUGAACUUCUCCCAUAACCUUCUCCAAGGUCCAGUGCCAAGAGGCACACAGUUUCAAAGGCAGAAAUGUUCUUCGUUCUUGGACAACCCUGGACUUCAUGGUCUCGAAGACAUUUGUGGAGAAACUCAUGUCCCGUAUCCUAGAACAUCACAACAACAUGAGGAAUUGUCAGAGUCGGAGGAACAAAUGUUCAACUGGGUAGCUGCUGCAAUAGCCUAUGCACCUGGUCUAUUCUGCGGAUUGGUGAUCGGACAUAUCUUCACUUCACACAAUCAUGAGUGGUUCACAGAAAAGUUUGGUCGUAGAAAAGUCAGAGUCACCACCAUAAGUAGUCGUUAA